AUGCCGCACUUUUACUCGAUUAGGCCACACGAAUGCGCGUUAUUGGGGACGGACGCUGUAUCGAUCAACAACUUUUCGAAUAUGUCGGACUUUCGGCGCAAUAACGCGUGUUUGGCUUUGAGUGCAAUAGCACCAGAACGGACGGGAAAACGGCCCGGUUAUGGUUGCAUGGAGGAGGGCGGCUGCGUGACGGUCGUGACAGACCCUGCCGUUGGACGCUACCUGCGCGCGUCGCGUGCCAUUCGGGCCGGAGAAGUGCUGCUCUCCGAGCGGCCCUCUGCGUGGUGGGUUGAUCCGAGCUUCCGGCAGACCACGUGCGCACGCUGCCUCGCAGCGUGUGGCGAUGCGCAGCAGCGAGAGGUGUGCCAGGCGUGCGGCGGCGCGGUUUGGUGCUCGGCCGCCUGCCGCACAGAGGACGCGGAUCGCCACGCGGUGCUCGCGCCGUGGAUCAAGGCGUCUGAGGCGUGGAGAAAGAAGCGAGCAGCGGCAGAGACGGCCGGCACAGGCCCGUGCAAAGGUGCUGCUGCGGAGGCGGAGUCGGAGGAGGCGGUCGGGGAGGAGGAGGCGACCGAGGACGCCUCGCUGCUCGCGUGCGCGGCCUCCGUGGCUGCACUCCACGCCUCUGACAGACACACCUUUGAUCGCGUCUGGGCGAUGCACGCUCCGCCGCUGACCUCGCGCGAGGAAGAACGUUGCUCUGCGCUCGCCUCGUGGUGCGAGCAGGCGGCGCUGUCCGCCGCCAUGCCGCUGGGCGAGCUCUUCCUUGGCUGCUGCGCCCGCGACCGCGCUAACAGCCUCGCCCUCACGUCGCUCGGCGGGUGCGUCGAGGAGGCGCGCGAGCACCGGCCGCACGGGUAUGCCCUCUAUCCGACCCUCGCGCUCGCCAACCACUCCUGCCUCCCCACCGCCGCGCGCGUCGACGCCUUCGUCUCGAUCUCGUACGUACCGCUCGACGUGAUGGUGGCGCCGCGGCGCGCCCGGCUGCGCGACGAGUACGGAUUCGAGUGCUACUGCUGCGGCGUGUGCUCCGGCACCCUCGCGCCGCGCACUCGUCCACCGCCGGCGGGCGAGGGAGGGGCGGCGGACGAGGCAGGGGCGGCGGGCGAGACGACUCCCGGGGUGUGCAACCGGUGCGGCGGCGAGCAGUCGGAGGAGGAGUUUGUCGCGCGGGACUGUUUCGCGUCGUCAUCACCUUCCCUAAAACUUCUUUUUGCCGCCGCGCCGCAGCCUGGAGCCGCAAGCGAGCGUCGAGCGACGCCGCGCGACUAA